AUGUCGACCGCUACGCGAAAACCGGCCCCACGACUUCCCCGCCCCGCUGCACGCUACUGGAAAGGCAAGGCCCCGAAAGGCGUUGACGAGGCCGCAUCCGAGUCCGAAUCCGAGGAAGAAGGCGCAGAGGCACCGCAGGAAGAGGGAGACAUUCUCAUCGCGGACGUCGGGGGCGAUGAUGAGGAGGAACAAAGGCUCGAACUGGGCGGGGCAAAGGUGGUUGAGCGGCGCGCGAUCAAUGUCGCUCUGCGGGAUGUCAACAUCAGCGAGGAGGGGCGGGUGACCGUAGCGGGAAAGGCUGAGGUCGGACGAACGGAGGUUGAGGUUGAGGAAGAGGAAGAGGAGGAGGAAGAAGGGGCGAAGGAAGAAGAGUCCAGUGAAUACGAGUCCGAAUCAGAGUCUGAGGAAGAGCAACCCAAGGUCCAAUUUAGACCUGUCUUCAUCCCCAAGCGCGGGCGCGAGACGAUCGCCGAGAAAGAAGCUAUGGCGGACGACUCAGAGGAGGCUCUGCGGAAGAAAGAGCUCGAGGCCGAGGAACGUAAAAAGCAGAGCCACGAUCUCGUCGCGGAGAGCAUCCGGCGGGAACUCGCGGAAAAAGAGAAAGAAGAACAGGUCCCCGACGUGGACGACACGGAUGGGCUCGAUUCUGCGGCCGAGUUCGAGGAAUGGCGCCUGCGCGAGCUCGCGCGUAUCAAGCGCGACAAGGAGGCGGAGCUUGCGCGCGAGCUCGAGCGCGAGGAGGUCGAGAGGCGGCGGGCAUUGCCAGAGGAGCAGCGCCUGCGCGAGGAUCUCGAGCAUGCGGAGCAGCUGCGCAAGGAGAAGCCGAAGGGCCAGCAGAAGUUCCUGCAGAAGUACUGGCACAAGGGCGCCUUCCACCAGGACGAGGAGAUCCUCAAGCGCCAUGACUACACCGAGGCGACCGAGUCCACCAUUGAUGUCUCGAUGCUCCCUCAGGUCAUGCAGGUUAAGAACUUCGGCAAGCGCGGGCGAACCAAGUAUACACAUUUGCUCGACCAGGAUACGACGGUGGCCUCGGGUGGCUUUGGCGGGACAGCGCCUGUCAAGGCGGGCGGGACGUCCACCGCAGGUGGCGGUUGCUUUGUAUGUGGAGGGCCGCAUCUCAAGAAAGAUUGCCCGCAAAACAAGGAUAUCCCACCAGGCCUCCGGGGCGCAGGCACAGGUGCAAACACUGCGCUAGGGGGUACACGACAAUGGGGUGUGCGUGACACGAAAGAGGACGGCCGGUCGUGGCGGGACAGAGACAGAGAGGAGGCCCCAAGGGCCGACGGACGCGACCGCCAGCGCACCGACGACAGCUACAUCGCGAAAGACAAGGUGCGAAGCAGGUGGGAUGAGCUUGAGCGGAAAGGUGGUGAUCGGGAUGCGGGUCGAGAACGAGAACGAGAUCGGGAUAGAGAUAGAGAUAGCUAUGCGAGGGACAGGCGGCGAUCAUAUUCUCGUUCGCGCUCACGGUCGCCUCGGCGGGACAGACAACGCGAGGAGUAUACACGGAGACGGCGGUCAAGAGAACGGUCGGUGGAAUAUGACCAUGGCGGGAAGCGCAGACGAGUGGACUGA